AUAUGAGUCUGCUUUCUUGCUUUACCAGUGGUCUCUCCCGGGACCAGCAGGCUUGAACUUCACCUGAGGAAGCCCCAGAGCUGUUGGCUCUCCAAGAGAGCCUCUUCAGUGGCACCUACAUGAAGCCUUCUUUGUCUCCUGGAGCGGCACAGUCCCUGAAAAACUGACCACUCUGUUGAGAGAUCAUCCACCUCCAGGAAGCUAGUCUGAGUCCCUCAUGCCAUCAGUGCCUCUUAAACCCUCCAGGUUCUGCACCUAUGCAACCACGAGCUGAAGCAGCUGAGCUCCAUUCUGCACCUGUCACUCUGCUUCCAAGGGACCCUCGUCAGCAACCCACGGUCUCCCAGCCGGCUGGUUCCCUGCAUGCAUUGAGUGGCAUGUCUUCUAGGACCACAGCUUUGGUAUCAUGUGAAAGGAAGAGUCAGUGACCUACAUGCAGAGGAACAUUCUAGAACUUUGGAUCCAGAGGAGAGACAGACCUCGCAGAAACCAGUUCCUAGUGGUCCAACGGAGACCAGGACCCUCUGAAGCUAUGACCCCAGCCCAUCCUGCUCUCCAAUCCUGGAUACAUCUCUGUUUCUGGUGUCUCCUUUUGAUGCCAGCAGUGUUGGCCCAAAGAAGCUUGCACACCCAGGCUGAGGACCGGCUGUUCAAACACCUGUUUGGAAGCUACAAUCGCUGGGCACGGCCAGUGCCCAAUACCUCUGAUGUGGUCAUCGUGCGCUUUGGAUUAUCAAUUGCCCAGCUUAUAGAUGUGGAUGAGAAGAAUCAAAUGAUGACCACCAAUGUCUGGCUAAAGCAGGAGUGGAAUGACUACAAACUACGCUGGGACCCAGCUGAGUUUGGCAACAUCACCUCCCUCCGGGUUCCUUCAGAGAUGAUCUGGAUCCCAGACAUUGUCCUCUACAACAAUGCAGAUGGCGAGUUUGCGGUGACCCACAUGACCAAGGCCCAUGUCUUCUUCACGGGCACUGUGCACUGGGUGCCCCCGGCCAUCUACAAGAGCUCCUGCAGCAUCGACGUGACCUUCUUCCCCUUUGACCAGCAGAACUGCAAGAUGAAGUUUGGCUCCUGGACGUACGACAAGGCCAAGAUUGACUUGGAGCAGAUGGAGCAGACGGUGGACCUGAAGGAUUACUGGGAAAGUGGUGAGUGGGCCAUUAUCGACGCCACCGGAACCUACAACAGUAAGAAGUACGACUGCUGCGCGGAGAUCUACCCCGAUGUCACCUACUACUUCGUCAUCCGCCGGCUGCCGCUGUUUUACACCAUCAACCUCAUCAUCCCCUGCCUGCUCAUCUCCUGCCUCACCGUGCUGGUCUUCUACCUGCCGUCUGAGUGUGGAGAGAAGAUCACGCUGUGCAUCUCGGUGCUGCUCUCACUCACCGUCUUCCUCCUGCUCAUCACGGAGAUCAUCCCGUCCACCUCGCUGGUCAUCCCGCUCAUCGGCGAGUACCUGCUCUUCACCAUGAUCUUCGUCACCCUCUCCAUUGUCAUCACCGUCUUCGUGCUCAAUGUACACCACCGCACCCCCGGCACCCAUAACAUGCCCAAGUGGGUGAGGGUGGCCCUGCUAGGCCGUGUGCCCCGGUGGCUGAUGAUGAACCGGCCCCUGCCGCCUACGGAGCUCCGUGGCUCUGCGGGUCUGAAGCUCGGCCCUACUUAUCACUGGCUGGAGACCAACACGGAUGCUGAAGAAAGGGAGGAGACAGAGGGAGAGGAGGAGGAGGAUGAAAAUGUAUGUAUGUGUGCAGGCCUCGCAGAAUCCUCCAGGGGUGUCCUCUAUGGCCACAGCAGCCUGCAUCUGAGGGCCCUGGGGCCUGGAGCCAAGGCUCCAUCACAGGAGAGUGAGAUCAUGCUGUCUCCUCAGAUACAGAAAGCACUAGAAGGUGUACACUACAUUGCUGACCACCUGAGGUCUGAGGAUGCCGACACUUCGGUGAAGGAAGAUUGGAAGUACGUGGCCAUGGUGGUAGACCGGAUAUUCCUCUGGCUGUUCAUUAUCGUCUGCUUCCUGGGGACCAUCGGGCUCUUCCUCCCUCCAUUUUUAGCUGGAAUGAUCUGAUUUCAUGUCCCCCGUGUUGGCUUCAAGGUGGCCUUGACAACUAUUUUCUGGUCUUCUCUAACUGGAGCCAUCUCUAGAAUGUUCUUCUGGGUCAAUACCAUCUGCCUGCAGUGUUUCUCUGAGGCCCCCAAACUAGUCUGGACUUCAAAUCCUCCUUGGGACAGCUCACAGUGACAUUGUUGUGCCACCUCUGAGUUCACCCAACGUGAUACCUGUUAGGGAUGCUGAGGAACUAGAAAGGGUGAAGCCAUUUGCUCUGCAAAAGGUGACAAUAUGGUGGUGACACCAGGGAGAACAGGAUAGUCCUUAAAGAGCAAUAGGAACCGUAUGCAACCAGAGAAUCAUACAAAGGGACAGAGAGGCCAGACCAGGUCAAAGAGAAAUACAUAUCCCCCCCAAAGAUGGGCACAUGGGGGUAGAGGGAGUGCCUGGGGCAGGAGAGCCCUGAAUAGCACUUUGAAUUCAGAGUGUCAGAGAGGACAACGGGGUGGGGGUGGUAGCUGGGGAAUCUUUAAUCCAGACCUAGGAAGAAGUUCAGGAUCUUCUCUGAACCUGUCUCCAUGUGAGGCAAUAUCAGCAGGACAAGCAUAUUUCCAGGAGGUAGCACGAAACUUCCCAACCUGAGGGUCUCAACCCCUUUCACAUACCAGACGUCCUGCAUAUCAGAUCUUUGUAUUACGUUUGCUGACAGUAGCAAAAUUACUGUUAUGAAGGAGCAAUGAAGCAAUUUUACGGUUGGGAGUCACCACAACAUAAGGGGCUAUGCUAAAGGGUCGCAGCAUUGGAAAGGUUGAGAGGCACCAGUCUGGAUGUCCUGAUGGGUGCUUGGGACAGAGGGAUGUUGCGGAGUUGGGUGGGAGCAUCUGGGCCAUUAUUCAUCUGAAAGCACCUUUGAGCCUCCAGGUUGCCCUCAGCACGGUGUCUCAAUGUUCUGCACUGCAAAGAGGUCCAGUAAUUGCUGCCAGGGGUCAGUGUCACCUUCAGAUCAUCAGCGGGCACGCUAAGAAGGCAUAGCCACUGGUGGUACCCACAGGCCCUGGUCACCGAUUCCCUGCUCUGUGAGCAUGCCUUGCAUAGGAACUGAGAGCUCUUACCCCAAGCUCUUUACACUGCAUUUUCUCCUUCAGGGUAGAGUCUCCGCUUUUGAUUUCUCCCCAGCCCGGCCUCACACUGGGUGACAGAACUCAGCACCUGGACCAUUUGUUCUGAGUCAUGGAAAGAAAUGAGCCCAGAGGCCCCAGAACCUGCUGCAUAACAUCCAAUCCUCAGGGAGGUUUCUCCCCCAACCUUCCCACAGUCUCAUCAGGUGGCUAGCCUGCCUGUCCUGUGCAGCAUGUUCUUGCUCUUGUAACAUUGCAAGACCCUCCACUGCAUAGGAGCCCAGGGGACCGGGCCUCUCAGAAGGCUGCAUAGGAGCCCAGGGAUCAGGCCUCUCAGAACAUUGUCCAGCCCCUGAGGAGUCUGUCCUCAGAAGCCAACAGCAAUGGCAUUGUGGAUUGCUAACAGAUGUAGAGACCAAGGCAGGAAGCAGAGCAGGGCAAGCUUCUGGUGUCUCUGUCUUAGGGUGCUCUCCUUAUGAAACCCCCCCCCAGCACCUUGACAGACCUAGGGAAACGUGCUUACCAAAGGCCUCACCCAGACUCCCUGGUAUCUGUUCCUAUGUGUCCCCAGGACUCAGUCACCAAUUCAGGUCUUGGCUCCUCCCUCCUCCAGUGACUGCAACCUUCAGCCUCCCCUCCCUCUGUUCCAAGCCCUCAGACGUGGUUUCCUGAUGGGGAGAUGAAUGUCGCAUGCUUGCCCACGUCUCCCGUCGCCUUACAUGUGAGUUGACGUGGUGAAAUAAAGCUGAGAUGGUCCA